AUGGUUUUUUUGGAUGAGAAGGAUAUGCGUAUUCAUGCUACCAUAAAAAAGAAUCUCAUUAUGAAAUUUAAGGAAUUGGUGAAAGAAGGCGAAACUUAUAUGAAAAAUACAAUUAAAAGGGAAGCAUUUGCUGAACAAAUUGAUGCAUAUGUAACGAAUGCUGACCAAAAUGAACCUACUGUGGUCAUACUUCAGUGUUUCAGGGCUAAAACUUAUUGUGGAAGCACGAGUUUGUCAAAUGUUCGACAUGGAUCACAACUACUGAUCGAACCGAAUUUGAAAGAAGUUUUAGACUACAUGCUUGCAUUGAGCGAAGAAGUCUAUGUCUCAUCAGUAUGUGUUGGAUCUGUACUGGCGAAAAUUCUGGAAAUCGAGUCGACAGCUAAUUGGUGGUAUGCUUCAUGUAAAAAUUGUGUGAGGAAGGUCGAACCUGUCUCAAAUAAAUAUUGGUGCGAAGAGUGUGACGGGUUUGUUCCUGCUGUACCAAGAGUUCAAGUGAGCGCCAUUGAUAGUACUGGAUCGACUUCAUUCGUAAUGUUUGAUCGUAUUGUCAUGCAAUUAAUUGGAAAAAGUGCUUCAGAACUCCUAGGUGGUGCAUCAAACAAGAAAUUAGUUCCCGAAAUAUUAAGUAUUGGGGAUGGCACCAUAGGUGAUCCCAAUGAAGGGGUGGUCAGCAUUGAAAUCCCUGAUGAUUUACUCAUAAAAGAGUCAGCUGAUCCACUUGCUUCAAUUGUAAAUGAGACAUACCCAUCAUUUUUAGAGAAUAUGGAUGAUAUCAGUUAUUUGCAACACAGGGCCAUACUGGCUCCGACAAAUGAGAUUGUUGACGUGGUAAACGAUUACAUGCUAUCUUUGGUUCCUAAGGAAAUGAAGACAUAUCUCAGUUUUGAUAGUACAUGUUCAGCAAACAGAAGCAUUGACAGACCUGAUGAUAUUCAUACGCCCGAGUUUUUGAAUACCGUUAAUUCUUCUGGUCUUCCAAAUCACGAAUUAAAACUAAAAGAAGGUGUUCCGGCCAUGUUUUUGAGAAAUAUAGACCAAUCUUCAGGUUGGUGCAAUGGCACCCGACUGUCAAUCACAAGAUUAGGAAAUCGAGUCUUGGAAGCGAAAAUUAUAUCAGGAACCAACAUUGUUCAUAAGGUGUUUAUUCCACGAUUGACUCUAACGCCAUCCGAUAACAUGAUUCCUUUUAAAUUCAAGCGUCGACAAUUUCCUAUCACUCUUUCGUUUGCAAUGACGGUAAAUAAAAGUCAAGGCCAAUCUCUUCAACACGUGGGUAUAUAUCUUCAGAAACCAGUGUUUUCACAUGGACAAUUAUAUGUUGCUAUCUCAAGAGUUACGAGUCGAAGAGGCUUGAAGAUACUUAUUUGUAACAACGAGGGGAACACCUCAAAUACUACUACAAAUGUCGUAUAUAAAGAAGUUUUCCAAAAUCUGAACUAA